AUGACAUCUGGAGAAGACUUCAAAUUGGGUCAACGGCUAUAUUCUGUGUUGGAGGGAAGUGAAACGGAGAGAUGGUCGGCAGUGGUUGGGCUUCCAAAGCGGAUGACAUCUGGAGAAGACUUCAAAUUGGGUCAACGGCUAUAUUCUGUGUUGGAGGGAAGUGAAACGGAGAGAUGGUCGGCAGUGGUUGGGCUUCCAAAGCGGAUGACAUCUGGAGAAGACUUCAAAUUGGGUCAACGGCUAUAUUCUGUGUUGGAGGGAAGUGAAACGGAGAGAUGGUCGGCAGUGGUUGGGCUUCCAAAGCGGAUGACAUCUGGAGAAGACUUCAAAUUGGGUCAACGGCUAUAUUCUGGUGCAUGGGCUGUAAAUGGUUUGAGCUGUGGGUUUCGGAAUGAGCGUUAA